AUGAUGCUCAAGGACCAAAGCAGUAAAUCCGUCAGAUUGUUUCAGCCUGAAAACAACGUGCAAGUAUCAAGUCACCUCGCAGAUUUUACUGAAUCAUCCCCAAACGCGCUGCCCAAUUUCUUUAGCAAAAGCGAAUCAGUGGAAUUUCCAUGCAACUCUGCGCACUGGGAUUUGGGAUCGGGAGUCCCGACCGACCGCGCGCUGAAAUAUGCAAUUACACAAAUGUCGACAAGCCGCGCCACGCUCACAAUGGCACAGAAGACAGAUAUUUCACCGCGGAGAAAAUCAGAGAAACGGGUGUCCCUUUUCCAAGAGGAGUUAAGGAAUGUUCCUACCGAGUGUCACAAAGACGAAUGCAGACACAGAGAGUCAGAAAAACGGUCUUCGCAGUAUGAAGAGCUCAUGAGAAAGUUUUCAGAGUCCCACAAAGAGGAAUGCAAGGCCGUGUCAAUGGAUAUCCCGAAGGCGGCGCGCUGGAAGAAGCAGUUUCCCACUGGCUCCCAAUACGAAGGUACCUGGGAUGUCUUGGGAAUGAGCGGCACUGGGACUUAUACUUUCCCGAGCGGAUUGAUUUACGAAGGAGAAUUCUACGAUGGAGAGUUUCAUGGUACUGGUGAACUGCGGUAUCCCAACGGCAAAGUCAUCAAGGCGAAAUUCCGAAAUGGCAACCUUGUGGACCGCAAGCUGAUCUUCAGUGACGGCUUGGAGUACAGCGAGGGCGACUGGAAGUAUUGCCAGAUGCCAGACAGAAGAUACACAAUAGAAUAUGAAAUUGGAGUGCAACCUGCCGGUGAGUCAAUAAUGACUCCACAGCAGCCAACCAGGGUCAUACCACCGGGAUACUAUGACACCGGAGACGGUUUCUACGACUCCGACACCAAGGUGGUGUAUAGAUACGACGACCUCACUGCUAUUGUAAGAUCUCCAUCAGAGCGUGAACACAAAUGGAUCUUGGAAAACUGUCGUAUGUGUCCGAGCGACCAAGUAGGACCUCGAGCAGACCUGUAUGAAGAAUGGCUAGAGGCUGACCCUGACCCAUUACCUCCCCCCUUGCCUGCUGCCGCUUCAAAGUCAACAGCAUACAGGUUUGAAAGCAGUGAGACGCUACUGGAAGACGAUGAUAGUGAUACGGUAAGCACAAAUGAUUACUGCAUGUGGUUGCUGCGAUACAGAAGGUCCACUUUACACGCCAGUCUUCGUCGCACCACGAAACAAGAAGAUUGA